AUGAGCCGCAAAAGACGUUUGGAAGUUAUUGUUGAAGAGGAAGAGGAAGAAGAAACAUCCGAGGAAAAGGAAAAACAGGGAAAACCAUUCAAGAAACCAAAAGUGGAAGAUGAAUCGAAGGAAUCAACAUCAGAAAAUGUUCAAGGUAUGUUUUUAUCGGGUCAAACGUAUUGAGGACGAAGAUAGCUGUAGUAAACAGGGUAACUAGAAGUUAUGAUUCUUUGAGUUGUGUAAAACAUUUUUACUGGGUAGAUCUUAUGUGAGGGGUUUUGUAUAAUUCAGAUAUACUCGUGUUUUGUUCUGAUAAUUGUGUUUGUACAAUAUUUCCUAUAUUUUUAUCACACAAAUAACUUACAUUUUCAAAAUAUGAUUCAAAUAGUAAAAUAAUUCAACAAAAUUUAAAUCUGAAGAGGUUAUCUGAAUGAGCUUGGUUAACCUAAUAACAAUUUUUGAAAGUCUUGAACUCGAAAAUAACUCAGGCAAAAAUCAAAUGUUAAAAAAAUUAAAAUUACUUGAUGUAACUGGUUCAAAACAUAACAUCAUAAAUUUUAUUUUUUCGGAAGAUCAGGUAAAUAUUAUCAGUUCAUUUAUUUGAAUCAGAAGCUUCCAAAUUUUUUUCGAUAAUUUGUUUAGAAUAAACUUACGAGUUUUUCCUGUCUUUAGAGAUCAACAUCAUAAAAAUGAAAAUCAGCACAAUAAUUUUUGAUUUCAUUAGUCUUGAGAAAAUUUUAACUAUGCUCAUUCUUUGUACUUCUAAAAAAUUGAGAGCUAUAAUUUGUAGACUACAAAAACAAUUUUGUUAUUUUAUUCCAGAAUCACCCGCAAUCAAAAGAAGAAAAAUAAUCAAGAAACCGGAGAGGAAAGCGGAUUCGAGCUCAAAAUUACUCCCGUCUCAUAUUCAAGUCGAUUUCGAUGCAACUCGGGGUCAUGGUCUUAAAGCAACAAAUGAAAAUCCAGCUGUAAAAGAAGGAGAUAAAGUAUUCGAAUUUACACGAAAACAUGAUCCAGCUAAUCAAAUGUCGAAUGUGCUCGAUAACUUGUCAUUUUCCAAAGAAUCAAGUAAGCAUUUCUUAUAUUAAUAUUAUUUUUUUCUAUUUGUUACCCAUAUUUUUUCUAGCAUCUGAUUCACCGUCGACCUCUGCUCACACGGAAUCAAAGUUCUAA